GCGAAUUUGUGCGUUGAGCUGAAAAGUGUGAGAAUUCAGAACGAUUCUUCGAUUGUGGCCGUGGAGAUGAAACUAAAAAACUACAAUGCAAUCACAGCCUAUGCAGUUUUCUUGCUGCAGCUAAUUAACUGCGCAGCAGCACGUCGAGGCUUUGGCCCAGGCGAACAAGACUGGAACUAUGUUGAAGUGAGAAAGGGCGCCCAUCUCUUCUAUUGGCUCCACUACACGACAGCGAAUGUGAGUUCAUUUUACGAGCGACCGCUGGUCAUCUGGUUGCAAGGCGGACCCGGUGUUGCCUCCACUGGUUGCGGCUGCUUCGAGCAGCUGGGACCCUUCGACAUUGAGGGCCAACCACGUGCCAGCAAUUGGGUGCAGCACAUGAAUGUACUCUUCAUCGACAGUCCUGUUGGCACUGGUUUUAGCUAUGUGGAAUCGUUUGAUAAAUACGCUGUGAAUAACAAGCAAAUUGCCCUCGAUCUUGUCACACUAAUGUCGGAUUUUCUGCGAUCACAUCCGGAAUUCCAAAGCGUUCCAUUGCACAUCUUCUCUGAGAGUUAUGGCGGUAAAAUGGCACCAGAAUUCGCCUUGGAAUUGUAUCGGGCUCAGCAGCGAGGAGAGGUGCAGUGUCAACUCAAGUCUGUGGUGGUGGGCAAUCCCUUUAUUUCGCCUGUAGAUACCAUUUUGUCCUAUGCCCCAUAUAUGCUACAACUGGGCAUCGUGGAUUACGAUGGCUUUAAGAACAUAUCGCGAGUGGCAUCAGAGUUUUCGCGUUUGAUAUAUACCGGCGAAAUGGAGAUGGCCGUCAUACAGAAUGUAAAGCUUCAGCAAUUGAUUGAAGAAAUCAUAGGAAACUUCGUUUUCUAUAACACCCAAUGGCGUUCUCAUGAGGAUGAUGACCAUAGUUACGGCGAGGGUCCGAAGUUAUCCGAUUUUAUGAUCAACAAUGUGACAAAGGCUUUGAAUCUGACCCACAUGACUAAAUGGGCGGCACGGAAUGUGGCGGUGUAUGAUGAGCUAGGCAGCGAUAUCGUUAAGCCUGCUGUUCAUAUUGUCACUCGUCUGCUGGACGAAACGACACUCCGCGUAGGCGUCUACUCGGGUGUCUUGGACUUGAUCUGUGCUACGCCCGGCACCGUCAACUGGAUCAAUCGGAUGUCGUGGCGCGGCAAACAAAAGUACGUGGAUGCUAUCCGUCAACCCUUCCGUAGCGAUGGCUAUCUUGAGGGCUAUGAGAAGCAAGGCGGAAACUUCAGCAUGUUUUGGGUCCUUCGCGCAGGACACAUGGUUCAGCAGGAUAAUCCCGCGGCCAUGUCUCACAUUCUGCGAGAGUUCACCAACUAUGGAUGAUGUCCCUGCAUCUCCCACAAAUAAAAAGCAACUAGUCCAAAAGUCAGAUAAUGAUCAUUCACUCAUAGUAGCAGUCAAACAAUGUAAACUAUUCAAUUUCUCUUCUUAAAAUAAUGUAAUUUUACUGUGACUUAUAAUUUGUAUUUCUCUGAUAUUUGGUACUUAAUUAUUAUUAAUCAUCACGAAAUAGAUAUUAUUGAAUUUUAUGUAUUGCUCAAAUAUUCAACUUAUAUAA